AUGGGCGAUGGAGCGGUGGUGUGCAUGCCUUCACAACAGCAACAUCUCGCGGAGAGGUUUCCGGUCUCUGAAGCAUCCUGGGGUGGCAGAGUGUUUGGUUGUGUGCCUGAGAGGAAGAUGAAAGAACCCGAGAAGGAGCUAGCCGAGAAACCGGAGGAGACGUCUGUGAAGGAAGAGCUGGAGAAGGGAGAGUUCGCACCUGAGCGACUGAGACAGGGGGGCCCUGGGAGUUGGGAGCAGCAGACUAAUGGAGAAUUGGAGAAGGGGGAGUUCGUGCCGGAAAUGGGGCACAGAGGCGAGUUGGAGAUGGGGGAGUUUGUGCCUGAUGAAUGGCAGAGAUUGGAGGAGGAUAAGCUGGAACACGAGUCAGGGAGGGCUCGUAGGUCAGAAUUGGAGAAGGGAGAGCUUGUCCCGGAUAAAGGGCGAAAGGGUGAGAGGGAGAAUUCCCAAGAAGAUUAUUACCGAAGAAAAGUGGGUGGCAGUAGGAGAGAGAGUGAGCAGAGGAAUUGCGAGAAGGGUGAGUUCGUCCGUGAUAAACGGCAGAAGGGUGAUAGAAGGCGCACCCCUGAUGACUUUCACCGGAGGAAAGAAGGCGGAAGUAGGAUUGACGGUGAGCAGAGGAAGCGGUCAUCUCUUAAAAGUGAGAGCGGCAACAAUGACGUAAGGAGUGACUCAGGUUCGCACAAGCAUGAGGUCAGCAACGGCAAGUACCAUGGAAAAGAUCAUAACACCACUAGCAGCCAGAAAAAGCACUGCAUUGAAUCCGAGAACAGCACCCGAAAGCACCAUGGAGAGUUCCGCGGUAGUUCAGCUCCAAAAGGUCGGAGGAUUUCGGAAGAAAAUACCAGUCGUUCUGGCCAUCAAGAUAAGUUGCAUGGCUCAUCCACUGUCUCUUCAAGAAGUUCGUCCACUAAUAAGUAUUCCUCUUCUAGACGUCACGACUCACCGUUGCCAUCUCGAGCUCAUGACAGGCAUGCACAGAAACCUGCAUCUUCGGUGCAGAAUCGUCAUGAUCCUGCUCACCAACAUAAUCACAGGAACCGGAGUCCUGUUUACCCCGACCGAUCCCCAUGUGAUCAACAGGAACGGACUCCAAGCUGCUUGGAGAGGUCUCCAAACGAUCGUGGGAGGCACCGUGAUUAUAGGGAUCGAACUCCAAGUUUCAGGGAUCGAUCUCCCCAUGAUCGAGUUCGUCACCAUGGUCACAGGGAUAGGACUCCCAGUAACUCGGAUAGAUCUCCUCAGAACAGUGGGCAGGUUCAGGAAGCCAUAAGGAAAGGUGGCAGUAGUGAAAAACAUCAUGGACGGCGUGAAGAGAAGCCAAGACGGAGAGAACCUGAUGUAAAGGACUCUGCCAAACAUAGCUCGCUCCGGGAAUCAAGUAGCAGUACUCGUCCUGACAAAGUUGCUGAAGGUAAGCCUGACAAGGAGAAAACGUCACAGAAAAAUAUUGCGGACUAUAGAGAACUGCCGCCUCCUCCACCAGUUUCUCCACCUCCUCUUCCACCUCCUCCGCCUCCUCCAUCAAAUGGAUUUCUUGAAGAUCAUCUUUCAAUGGAAGAGGAUAUGGAUAUCUGUGACACCCCACCUCAUGCUGCACCAAUGAUGGAACAGAACUUGGGGAAAUGGUAUUAUUUGGACGACUUUGGCCUGGAGCGAGGACCAUCCAAGUUGGCUGAUCUUAAGAGACUUGUGGAGGAAGGAGUUCUUCCUUCUGAUCAUUUGAUAAAACACUUUGAUAGUGAUCGGUGGGUAACUGUAGAAAAUGCCACUUCUCCAUUGGUGUCAGUGAGCUUAACUUCCAUCGUGUCAGAUGCAGUGACCCAGAUGGUGAGCCCCCCUGAGGCCUCAGGAAACAUGUCAAUUGAUGCAGCAGAUGUGGCACAUGAAAAAUCUGUGUUGACUGUGCAACCUGAGAUGCACCUUAAGAAUGAUUGGGAUCAUCCAGAACCUAUGGAGGAUUUCCAGAUUGAUCAAAGAGUGGAAGCUCUAUUAGAUGGUCAUGACAUUAUUCCUGGUAGAGAGUUGGAGACUAUUGGAGGUAAUUUUUUUUCCUGUUGCUACUUGCUAGAUGAUGACUUUGUUCUUGUCGUCGCAUUUAACCUCUUGCUUUUCCUUUCUUAUGCUAUAUUUUGGUACCUGACUCCUCAUUCGAAAUUUCUAUUGUUACAGAGGCGUUGAAAGUGACUUUUGAGCACGUUGAAUGGGAAAAAUGGGGCCACUCUGAAGGUAUAAUGCUAAGAUAUCUUGCGUUAACUUUUUUUUCUUAACCUCUCGAUCAUUUUUCUGUGUUCUUCUGUUUCUAAAAGGAAACGUUCUUGCAUCAGGUUUCACAAGAUCCAGAGCACAUGCUUCUGAAAUCCCUCGACAAUCAAGAGAAGAUGGAACCAGUAGACCUCCUGAAGGUUUGCCUAGGGAAAGUUUUGAGAUGAGAUUUAUUCCCCCAUCUGAAAAGGAUCUUACUUUCCCCAACAGUGAUUCCAGUGAUUGGUUUGCUGGACGGUGGUCUUGCAAGGGUGGAGAUUGGAGGAGAAAUGAUGAUAAUAGUAAUGAUAGAUGUCAGAAAAGAAAACUUGUUCUUAAUGAAGGCUAUCCGCUCUGUCAGAUGCCGAAAAGUGGAGAAGACCCUCGCUGGCAUGGGAAGGAUGACCUCUCUUCAUCUAGCAAAAAACUUGAUCUUCCAACUUGGGCUUUCUCUUGGAUUGAUGAUAAGAAUGAGAACGCUAAUGACUCAACCAAAGGCAUGCUACCAGGUAGGGGAAGCCAGAUCAAGAAUACGGCCAUCAGGGGAGUAAAAGGAACUGUGCUUCCUGUUGUCAGGAUAAAUGCAUGUGUUGUCAGGGACCACACCUUUUGUUCUGAACCGCGCCCAAAGGUGAAAUCCAAUGAACGUCAUUCCAGAUCCUCUCGUUCACAUAGUGCUGGUGGUGAUAAGAGCUCUUCUGCUGAGGUCACUUCUCAAUCAAAGAAUGUACCCCAGUCUGACAGCUCAAUCAAAAACAGCGGAAAUGUUAAGAUCCCCAAGGACCGGAUAUGUACCAUUGAUGAAUUGUCGGUACAUGUAGGUGGAUGGUAUUAUUUAGAUGGUGCUGGGCGUGAACAUGGCCCGUUUUCAUUUUCGGAACUACAGGAUUUAGUUGCUAAGGGUGCCAUUUUGAAGCAUUCAAGUGUCUUCAGGAAGGCAGAUAACGUCUGGAUUCCUGUGACAAAAGGCAACAAAACUUCCGAGGCAGCGAGCCAUCAAGAUGAAAGAGGGCCACUGGCUAACAGAUCAACUUCCAAUUCUGUUUCUCAUAAUCUUGUUGAUGUUCUAUCGUUUAACAACUCACAUCCUCAGUAUAUUGGGUAUACUCGAGGCAAGCUGCAUGAACUGGUCAUGAAAUCUUACAAGAGCCGAGAAUUUGCCGCAGCUAUAAAUGAGGUAUUAGAUCCAUGGAUUAAUGCAAAGCAGCCGAAGAAAGAGAUGGAAAAACAUUUCCCUUUCAAUUCAUCUAUCACAAAGAGUUCUGUAGUUCUCUCUCACGAUUUACCAAGUGAAAGGUUCUGGUGUACAGGUAGUUGAUACUUUUGAAAUUGCAUGUUUCGUCUUCAUUGUUUUGUUUGGAGGUUCUACUUGCAUUUAUAUUUUAGAAAUAAUCUGAUUCGUUUUCAUACUUCUAUUUCAUUGACAACUUUUGAGAAGUUAUGGAUCCCACAUUCUUGUCAUUAUAAUUCUGUAAACUUCCUGGGUACCUUUAAAUACUAGGAGGAAUUGUUUUUUCUUGGAUUGAGUUUUAUUGAAUACAAUUAUUAGAAGGAAAUCGCAGAUCUAAAAUUUCUAUUUAUUGCUUUUUUUAGGGUCAGGGAUUGGUGAUUUUAUCAAUCCUUCUAAAAUCAUUUUUGGAUCUGCAAUAAUACAGCCACAGUAUUUUCUUGGCAUUUUUAAUAAAACUUUACUAAGUGUUUCCCGACUCUGCUAAAUUAUUCUAUGCUGUAACAAGUUUUUUCGUCUAAUAUUCAUAUAAGCCUAUGCUCGUUGUUGUGGCAAGCAUGUUUAUUCUGUUAGUAUGUGUUUAAGUGCAUCGACCUCCUGCUUCUCUUUCUUUUUCACUGGUGUGCAAUAUUCCUUUCUCGAAGCUGAUGGCAAAGUGCAGCGUUGGUGAUGCAUUUUUGUUUAUUUAAGCCUGAUCAAUUAAAGGGCUAGAAACUCUUUGGGCCACUCUUAUUGUUUACAUUUGAUUUUGAAGUAUCUUUUGUGGCAUGGCAAGUUUCUAAAAUUCUUUUCAAUAAGUGUGAUGAUUGUAAACGUCUGUUCUCAAUCUAUCUUCAGUUCGGUGCUCUGAAAAUGAGUAAUGGUAGGCCUCUCUUAUAUGUAAAAGAUUGUGAACUUAAACUGACAGAAAAGUGUGUUUUGAUGCUUGCACACUUGCAUGAUAUUGUCUAUUGGAGCCAUGGCGUCUUUUUUGUCUGAUACAAAACUCUGUUCAUGCAGAUGCUGAUGGAUCUGGCAGCUAUGGUCAUGUGGGUAAAAGAGCUCGUCGUUUGGUGGAUGAGAGUGAUGAAGAUCGUGAGCAGGAGGAUAAUUAUUUGACUUGUGGAAAGAAUGAGCUUUCAUUUGAGGACCUGUGGGGUGAGCGGGCUUUGGAUGAAGAGAUCUCUAUGAGAUGCCCAGGAGAAAGCUGGGGAAUGUUGAGCAGUCAUAUCUUAGCUAGAAUUUUCCAUUUUCUUAGAACCGACACGAAAUCACUUAUUCUUUCUGCUGCUACUUGCAAGCACUGGAGAGCUGCAGUGCAGACCUACAAGAAUAUAUGCAAGCAGGUUGAUCUCUCGUUUUUAGGUUCAUCAUGCACGGAUUCCGUGUUUCAGAGUAUUAUGGUAGGUUUUUUUGUCAAAUUUUCUUCUUGGUUUCGUUUCAAUAUCCUUUAGUGAUUCUCAUUUUAACUUGCAGAGUGGUUAUGACAAAAACAACAUUUCAUCUAUGAAGCUGUCAAGGUGCUCCAAUAUAAGUGCCACUGCUCUCGAAGAAAUUCUCCAGUCAUUUACAAGCAUAACAUCUAUUGACAUAAGGGGUUGUAACCAGUUCAAGGAGUUGAUACUUUUGUUUCAGAAUGUCAAGUGGAUCAAAAGUCGUUCUUCUCAGAACAUCAAGAAUCUUGACGAAUCAUAUUCUAAAACAAGAAGUCUCAAAUGGAUAACUGAUAAGAGCUUUCCAUCAUCAAGACCUUCAAAGGAAGCGAUCAGUGAUCGGGAUGAUUUGGGCAAUUCAAAAGAUCCUGGUGUUCACACAUUCCGACAGGGUUAUUACAAGCGAACAAGAGUACCUGAUGCUUUAAAGUCUUCUUCAGCUUUAACAAGACAUGCACAGUUGAGGCAGUUGCUGCGCAAGAAGUCUGUGACUGCUUACCGGAAAAUGGAAGAAUUCAUUGGUCUAAGGUUGAAGGAAAUAAUGAAGGGAAAUACCUUCGAAUUUUUUGUGCCCAGGGUACUGUUGAAUCAGCACUUCUACAAUGUUAAGAUAGAUGUUUCAUAUCUUUAGUGCUUUCUCACGAAGCUCAUUUUUAUCAUACAGGUUGCUGAAAUUGAAGAUAAGAUAAGAAAUGGUCACUACGGUCGCCAUGGUCUUAAUUCUGUCAAGGAGGAUAUCAGUAGAAUGUGUCGGGACGCAUUGAAGUGAGGAUCCUUGAUUUUCUCUUGUUAACAAUGACAUGUCUUAGAAUCUAAAUAAUUUAAUAGUUUCUUAGAUUUGUCCGAUAAAUGAUGUUUGCUAAUCGAUCUUUUUACUCUUGGUCGUAAGUAUAUUUUGGCUCUGUUGUUUUGAAUAUUACGUGCUACCUUUAUUCCUUUUCUUUUGGUUUCUGUGAAAAAUAUAAAACGUUGAUUAAUUCCUUCCAUCUGUUCUGUCUCUCUGAAAAUUUAAGAAGUUCCUGGUUUUAAAUUCCUACAGGGUGAAAAAAAAGGGGGAUUCAGGGGAAAUGAGACAAAUUAUCAUGUUGUUCUGCCAGCUGGCCAAGAAAUUGGAAAGUUCUAAGUCAUCCCACAAAUAUGAUGAGAUGCCAAGGUCCUUACGAGACAGAUUAGAAGCAGGACUUUCAGAAGUUUCCAAGCACAGGAGAAAGUACAGUAGAAAUGUGAGUGACAAGAAGGGUAUCAAUAAGAGUACUAAGUCUUCCUCCUCUGCUAAUGGUGGAAUUGAUUACGAGUCGUCUGCAAUCGAUCAAGAAAUUAAAAAGAGCCUUUCAAAAUUGAAUAGACGGCAUAUGGACUCUGAAAGUGAAACCUCUGAGGAAAAUGAUCUUACUGAGUAUGACACAGUUAGUGAUAGUGAUGGUAAAACAUCAGACACAGAAAGUGAAUUGGAUAGUCAGUUGGAAGGUAGAACGGAUGAUGGUAAAGAUUCAUCCUUAAUAUGGGAGGAGUCCCUGGAUUCCAUUGCUGAUGACCGUGAAUGGGGUGCACGCAUGACGAAAGCCAGUCUUGUCCCUCCGGUUACUCGCAAAUAUGAAGUUAUUGACCAGUAUCUUAUUGUAGCUGAUGAAGAGGAAGUGAAGCGGAAGAUGGCUGUUGCCCUACCUGAGGAUUAUGAAGAAAAGCUUCGGGCACAAAAAAGUGGUCUGGACGAAUCUGAUAUGCAGAUUCCCGAAGUGAAGGAUUACAAGCCCAGGAAAAUGCUAGGAGUGGAAGUCAUAGAACAGGAGGUGUAUGGUAUAGAUCCCUAUACCCAUAACCUUCUUCUUGAUUCAAUGCCUGAUGAAGCAGACUGGCCGCUUGUGGAGAAACAGAACUUCAUUGAAGAGGUCUGUUAAUGAUUUUGCUAACGUUUUGCGUUAUAUCUUGCUGGUUUCAUCUGUUGUUUUCCAACUGUUGCUUGUUUGGGUUUAGGUUCUCCUUCGUGCUUUAAACAAGCAAGCAAGGCAUCUAACUGGUUCUGGCAGCACCCCUAUGAUUUAUCAUUUAAAAUCCGUUCUCGAAGAAAUUAAGAAGACUGCUGAAGAAGGUGAUGAAUCACGGCUGGUGAAACUCUCCAACGCUAUUUUGAAAGCCAUGCAAAGUCGUCCAGAUGAUAACUAUGUUGCUUACAGAAAGGUAUAUGCGUCGUGCAGUGGUUUCUCAUGACUGUUUCCUUUGACCUUCAUUCACUUUCGUUCCUUUUUUUAUAUCUUGUUCAUCUCUUGGUUUGUUGGUUCUAGGGACUCGGUGUUGUAUGCAACAAAGAUGGUGGUUUUGGUGAAGAUGAUUUUGUGGUGGAGUUCUUGGGUGAGGUAAUUUUCUGCUUCAUGUUUGGAGGAAGAUUAAGAGAGUUUUACUACUAUGUCGACAGUUUGAAUUCUGUACAUUUUUAUGUAUGUUGGGGCUCUUAACUAUUUUCUGUUGUAUGUUGAAUUUUCAUUGACCUGGCUUCCUGCCGGAAGCUGCUUUGGGCCUUUCGGAAAUUGCUGAUGUUUGUUUCUCACUUGGGUGGCAUCUAACUAGAAACCUGGGAGCACCGAGGAUCCGUUGGAUCCUCGGUGCUCCCAGGAUCUUCUGGGAAAAUGCUCCGAGGAUCCGUUGUAUGGGAUGAUUAUCCCGAAAGCCCGGCCUAAUAGUUAUUGUCUCAACUACAUUUUCAAACUUUCAGAUAAAACAGCUCCCGGCGUGAACAUGUGGCAAGCACUUGAUGGUGGUUGCUUAUAACUUUUUUCUUGGAGACCAAGCGAAGGGAUGUUCUGACUUUCCCUUGAUAUACCAUGGUUCUCUGUCUUGUAGCCUAGAACCUUAACAGACAAAAUCUCGAGUUACAUUUUUAGGAUACAGCUGAGGCGAGCAUUUGGGAGCACCCAAGGAAGGGAUCGUAUUUCUUUCCUCAAAUUGGCUGAAGUUUCAAGGUGGUUAGGAUGAAAGAUCCUCCAUCCACUCCACAUUGAUGGGAAGAACGAACAACAUUCAUGACCGUUAGAGAUUAUUUUGGUCUCCUAUCAUUAACUCUUUUUUUUUCUACGGACAUUCAUUCCUUUAAAAAAAGGUUAUAAUAUGUUAUUGGUACCUUGUUGUUGGUCCUAGGCAUCAUUUAAAACCAGGAGCUCAUGUGAGCUACUUCACAUGAUGGGCUCCAGAAUCCAGAUGAAUUAGUUUUUUAUUCCUUCUUAAAAGUUUCCACUAGUUGGUGGUCUGCAAUACUUGCGCUGAACUGUGCAUUAUGGAUUUCGGAACGUUGACUAAAUACUGCUUGAAAUUGCUUUAUGUUUCUUCUGGAUUCUCUUAGUAGCUUCCUUGCUAUUGGAUCACUUGUGUUUAUUGCAUCUAGUUAACCGCAUUCGUUUAAUUUGCACUUUCACUAAGAUUUUUCUCCUUUACUCGCUGUAUGAGCCACCCAAUAUGGAAUCCUAUUGUCAUAGGUGAUAGUGAUCGCUAGUGUUACAUGCGGAAGCUUCAUCGCCUGAAAGAGGUGUGAUGAGCUGAACUUUGCUACAUAGUUGUGCAAAUGGGCCUGUAAUCAAUCCGUGGCAAACCUGUGGUUGAAUGAAACCCCGAACCAGGAUCUUCUGAUCUACGGUCGGUCAUGAUGGUGGCAGGAUGUGGGCUCUGUGUCUUUGACUCACCCCUGAUCUACCAUUCUUCGUUUCUCCAUAAUUCAUCGCCACAGCUUCGAUCCUGCUUUUGUAUUUGAUGUUUCGGGUUCAUGCUAUUCAGGUUUAUCCAGCUUGGAAAUGGUUCGAGAAACAAGAUGGAAUCAGGUCCCUGCAAAAGAACAACAAGGAUCCCGCACCAGAGUUUUACAACAUAUACUUGGAGAGGCCUAAGGUUUAUAUGUUUUCUUCUUCUUCGUCCUCCCUGAAUCUAAGCUGCCCCCACCGCCCCUCACAUCAAGCUUUAAGCUGUUUCGUCCACUUCGUCUUUUCUUCAGGGUGAUCGUGAUGGGUAUGAUCUGGUUGUGGUUGACGCUAUGCACAAAGCAAAUUAUGCAAGCAGAAUCUGCCACUCGUGUCGCCCUAACUGUGAAGCGAAGUAAGUUCGCGUGCCACCCUUUUUAUUAAGCUUAUCUCGCUUGUUGCUACUGCAUCCAAUAAUGCGUCCCCACCCCAAUGAGGGAGUCAACGUCUUCUAUAUCCUUUUGACAUUCGAUUCAUUUCAUAUCCUAUUCUUUUUCAUCGGCCUGAUUCUGUUCCAGCGUGAGGGCAUCUCUUGCAAUCUCUGCUUUUUCUUCAUGUUUUUCGUCAUGUUUCGUAAUGGUGGUUGAUGAUUUCUUCAUCCCAUGCCAUGCGUUUCUUGGCAGAGUCACGGCCGUUGAUGGUCAGUACCAGAUUGGAAUCUACGCCCUUCGGCCGAUCGCUUUUGGUGAAGAGAUCACCUUUGAUUACAACUCCGUCACAGAGGUGGGCGCCUUCCCCUUCCACCAUUACCACCAUGAUUUCAUCGUACGCAGUACGCCAGACCCACCCUAAAUGCUAUUCUCUCUCUCUCUCUCUCUCUCUCUCUCCUGCAGAGCAAGGAGGAGUACGAGGCGUCUGUCUGCUUGUGCGGCAGCCAAGUUUGCCGGGGAAGUUACCUGAAUCUUACCGGCGAGGACGCCUUCCACAAUGUGCGACUCUGAUGUCUAGAUUUCCAAGUUAUUUUCAUUGGCGAUGACCCAGAUCAGCAUCUAUUGUUGGGCAUUAUGCUGACAGUAGAUAGUUGACAAUCAAUUAUGAUAUGAUCAGGUGCUGAAGGAACGCCACGGGCUGCUCGAUCGCCACAAGCUGAUGCUGGAGUCCUGUGAAGCGAACUUCGUCUCUCAAGAAGAUUACAUCGACUUGGGGAGAGCCGGUCUGGGCACCUGCUUGCUCGCCGCCCUGCCCGACUGGCUCAUCGCCUACUCCGCCCGCCUGGUGUGGAUCCGCCGCCGGUCCCUCCCACCGCCCGCCACGGGCCACGUCUCUGCUCCUCCUCACCACCCUGUGUGUUUUCUCUGUUGCAGGUGAGAUUCAUGAACUUUGAGAGGACGAAGCUGCCCGAGGAGAUCCUGAAGCACAAUCUGGAGGAGAAGAGAAAGUUCUUCACAGACAUCUGCCUCGAGACCGAGAAGAUCGAGGCCGAGAACCAGGUGAGUCUCCAUUCCAUGCCCGUCGUGCGUCUCUCCCUCCGAGAAGAACGAGGCUGUGAUGUUCUUGACUGCUUUCAUGUCGCUGCCAGGCGGAGGGUGUCUACAACCAGAGACUCCAGAACCUGGCGCUCACCCUCGACAAGGUAAUCAAUCAACCCACAACCCAUUUGAAUUAAAGCUCUGUUCUUCUCAGAUACAGAUUCCAUGGUUCUUCGUACAUCAUUCGUUCCAAUAUUUUGAUAUCCUCCGUGUUACAGGUGAGGUACGUGAUGAGGUGCGCGUUUGGGGAUCCGAAGAAGGCACCGCCGCCGCUGGAGAGGGUCGGGCCGGAGAUGCUGGUGGCCUCGCUCUGGACGGCGGAGGACUCUCUCGUGGAGGAGCUCCUCCAGUGCCUCUCUCCCCACCUCGAGCCCCCCGCCCUCGACGAGCUCCGAGCCAAGGUCAAAGCCCGCAGCCCCUCCGGCCCCGACCUCCCCGCCGAGCUCAGGAAGUCUCUCGUCUGGUAGGCCCCCCUUCUCUCUCUUUCUCUCUCUCUCAGAAGCAGCAACCUGAUCUCUCUCAUCACAUCUCACCGCGGUCGCAGGCUGAGGGACGAGCUCCGGGCGAUGCCCUGCUCGCACAGGUCCCGCAACGAUGCGGCCGCUGACCUCAUCCACCUCUACGCCCACACCAAGUGCUUCUUCCGCGUUCGGGUGAGUACCUUUUUCCCCAGAGAAGGCAGAAAGAAAAACCCAUCAGCAGAGGCAGGCAAAAACGUGAUCUUUCUUACGUUUUUAUGUUAUGGUGAUGGUGGUGGUGGUGGUGGUGGUGGUGUGUGGUGCAGGAGUACAAAGCGGUGAAGUCGCCGCCGGUGUACAUCAGCCCGCUGGAUCUGGGCCCAAAGUACGUGGAGAAGAUGGGGCCGGGCUUUCAGGAGUACUGCAAAAGCUACGGGGAGAACUACUGCCUGGGGCAGCUGAUAUUCUGGCACAACCAGACCAGCGCCGAGCCCGACUGCAGCCUAGCCCGCGCCCGCCGCGGCUGCCUCGUCCUCCCCGACGUCGCCUCCUUCUACGCCUCCUCUUCUCAGCGCCCCCCCGCCGAGACCCUCUACGGCCCCCGCACCGUCCGCUUCAUGCUCGCCAGGAUGGUCAGCACCCCCCUACCCUCUCUCUACGAUCCUCUCUGGCCAGGAUGCUCGCCUGGUUGGUUGUUGUUUUGGCAUUUCACUAAAAACCCACCCUCGUCCUCUCUCUCUCUCUGUUCUUCUGCCUGGUUUUGAUUGUGGUUUUGGGUGUUGGCAGGAGAAGCAGGCGCAGAGGCCGUGGCCCAAGGACCAGAUCUGGCUCUUCCGCGGCUCCCCGCGGGUCCUCGGCAGCCCCAUGCUGGACGCCGUCCUCUCCGCCUCCCCCCUCGACCGCGACAUGAUCCACUGGCUCAAGACCCGCCCCCCCGUCUUCCACGACCUCUCCUGA